AUGGGACGUCCUCCAAAGGAAGUUAGUCAAGAAAAGAUACAGAGGUUUCAGAUGGAGCUGGAGCUUGCUGGGGAGGAUACGGAUCUCUUGUUGAAGGAUAAGAAAGGACGGUCGAGAUCGUGUCUUCUUUGCCAACGGCGAAAGCAGAAAUGUGAUCACAAGAUUCCGAGUUGCACUGCCUGUUUGAAGGCUGGAGUCAGGUGCAUACAACCUGCUAAAUAUGGUUCGAACACCGCAUCUGGGGUGCAUAGUGGCAAUGGUGCUGAUAGUGGACCACGAGUGGCGACGGUAGGGGAUAAGAUCUGUAAUUUGGAUAACGGUGCGUAUCAUAGGCAAAAGACGGACUAUCAUUGCCGUACCAAUACUAAUGAUGUCAAUGGGACAGGCAGUUGUGGUCUGAAAGCCGAUUGCGGAACCGGUUUGGACAUGGCAAGAAGCAGAAAUGUCGUUAAGCCUAGUGGUAGUAUUAGUAACAUUAAGAACAGAAACGCAAAUGGUGGUAAGGAUGAGUAUACACUCUUUUUGGAAAAGAAGCUCAAAUAUUUAGAGAAAUUGAUUGACCUACCUCCUGAAUCAGCAUCUUAUAAGAAUAAGUUGGGGAAAUAUAAGAAGAUUACUCAUUUUUUGAAAUCUGGAAGUGAGGAAAUUGAAGAAUUGAUAUUCUCUGAAAAGAAAUUGAAUAAUGACUUCAAAAUGGAUGCUCGGAUUUAUCCAAAUGCAAAUAUAGCGGAUUUCCUAUCUUUUGGGAAGCAAAGGGAUGAUAUAGACGGUAGGUUUGGGUUUGCCUCUCAAUAUCGACAACCAAUUGAUUAUUCAAAAUCGAUUUUUGCAAAAUACGAGUUACAUGAUUUGUUAUCACAUGAACCUGGAAUUGGUGUUGAUGAAAAAUUAUCCAGAGCACUUUUAGAUACUUACUUUAAUAGAAUACAAUCCAAAUAUCCUUUGCUCGAUGAACAAGAGAUUUACAAAUUUCAUGAAGAUUAUAUCACUGACAAUUUAUCUGAAUAUUCAUUAAAUGAUUACCAUUUCUACUCUGGUAGAAUGUGGAUGGUCUUCAGCGUAGCUGCAUGCAUACAUAUUACCAUUGGAAGAUCCUUGACAUUGUCUCCACAUCGGUUUUUCUCGACAGCAAUUCAUUAUGUAUCCAAAUGUGGGACUGCUUUGUCGCUUUUUCAACAGUUGGAGAUCUUGACGUUACUUGUGUUUUAUGUCAUCCGAAGGGAUAAAGACUCUGUAGGUUAUGAUAUUAUCAAAGAUGUUAUCAAUAUCUCUAAGAAUAAGUUAUAUUUGCAUAAGCGGACUUCUAGUGACAAUUUUGCUAGUAGGAAGAAGUUGAGGUUAUUUUGGUCCGUUUACCUCCUUGAACGAAUGAUCUGUGUUUCCAUUGGCAAACCUUAUACCAUCAGUGAAUCCGAAAUUGAACUUCCCAUUUUCAGCGAGACUACUGUUAAAGCAGAUGGUAGUGAAAGCUAUGUUGGUAAUAUUUGCGGUAAUCAUUGUAUUGACCAGGUGUUACAACUACGUCGUAUCGAGUCUCGGUUUGUCGAAACAUUACAAAUCAUUCCACAAACUGGCGAAGAACACCGAGGUGCUUCGCAAUUUCCAACUAGGGGCAAGCUAACCGAACAGUUAUCUAUUUUGAGAAGUUUUUUCCAUGAAUUAGAAAUAUGGAAAUUCAAGUUCUGUGAUACACAAGCCCGUAAUAUUGAGAAUGAAACUUUGAAACUAAACUAUUAUCUUUCUGUAAGGCUUUUAAUUCAACCUUAUUUGGAGCUCUUGGAACCUGAGGAUCGUUUAUUUCGUGAGUGUCAAGCUGCUGCCGGACAUAUAUGUCAGCUUUAUAAAUUCUACCAUCAGACAUCUGUGUCCGUACAUUCUACAUUAUCAAUUCACUCUAUUUUUGGUGCAGGUGUCACUUUGAUAUAUUGUAUGUGGUUGACUAGGAAUGGAGAUGAAGAAAGUCGCAGGAAUUUCGUUGAUGCAUCCAGGCACACAAAAAAACCAUUGUUCAAUGCUUCUUUGUUUUCUACUAUGGAUGGUUUACGUGCAUGCUCCGUUUGUUUGUAUGUUAUGGCAGAGAAAUCUAAAUUUGCAGUUAAAUUGAGAGAUAUUUUUGAUCAGUUAAUGAAUGCUACCACUGCAAAUUUGACUGAAAGCUAUGGUCCCGAUUCCAGUGAACUGGUAUAUGUUACCAAUUCUAACAACACUAGCCGUAGGGAUCAUUUAAAUCCAAUUAGUGUUGGUCUAAGAGCUGAACUUGGUGAAAAUGGUUCUGAGAUCAGGUCUGCUACUAGUGAAAGAGCAUUUUGCAAGCUUUCAGACAAUGAGAAUAUGGGAUUUAUGGGUAAUACCCAGUCCCAUCCGAAUAAGAAAGAUAGGAUGAAUAAAAUAAAACAUAGUCCAAUGCUUAUGGCUCAAGUUCCAAAGUCGUUGCCUCAUUUAUUGGCUAGUAUCACUAACGAUAUGCGAGAUUUAAUUCCUGAUGGUACUGCUGUUUCAUCUUCAGAGGUUUCAGAUUCAAAAAGACAGAAAACUGAACCCAGAGAUCGAACACAACUGGAGCUAAGUAACUCUUCAAAUGUAUUUUUAGAGAGUUGCAAGGAAUCUCAAUACGUUACACGAAAGACUGCAAAUACUGCAGAUUCAGAUUGGAGGAUGUUUCAACAGCAGGCUUUGUCUCAGCAACAAUACGCCCAACAAACAUUACAGGCGUAUCUAUCCUCCCUGAACCGUAGGAACAACGUUCCGUCUACUGUGUCUGAUGUUAUAGACACUCAUGAGCAGCAGCAGCAGCAACAACAACAACCCAUUUGCAUUAAUGCCUCUGGAAUAGUACUUUUUGAUGUAAGAUCUGGACUAUCGUCAACCGCAAACUCAGCCCCGCCAUCUAAUGCUGCGCAUGUUUCUGCCUAUGGCAGUCUUCAUGACGUUCUUCAAGGUAUGGACCUGAACUCUAUGAACCAUUGCAGCCAAUCAAAUUCUAUUAUCCCUAACGUACUUCUGGGCACACUAGGAGCAGGAUCUCCUUUCGCUGUCUCCAAUGGAGACAUAUGUCUCAGUAAUAAUACGCAGAAUAUGAUAAACAACAUUUCUACCUGGAGUAACAACUCCACCAUCGAUUUCUUGAAUAGCAAUCGAGACACCUUUCUUUCAGAUCAGCAGCCGCAGCCAACUGCCAACGUAUGCUCUCAUCCAAGUUCACACUUUUUAAACAAUCACCAUAAACUAUACACAGUUCCAAAUAGAGAUAAUAACCCACAUAUUUCUGCAACCAGCCAAUGGAAAGUGCCAUUCGUCUUCCCACCGCAGUCUCAUGGAAGUGGCUCUCUGGCUCCUGGCCAGCAAACUCCAACCCAGAAUACCUUAGACGCAUUUUGGACUGUUCCCAUGGAAGAUUUCUGGGCAUCCGCAGAUUACUAUGGAUUUCUGACAUGA